GGUGGCAUUGUGUGUCCCGGAGUGCAGGAGCGAGUCCCAAAAGAGAGACGAGGCUGAGCCCAGAGUGCUGGGUUGCUUCAGCAGGGAAGACUCCCUUCCCCCCUGCUUCAGGCUGCUGAGCACUGAGCAGCGCUCAGAAUGGAAGCCAUCGCCAAAUAUGACUUCAAAGCUACUGCAGACGACGAGCUGAGCUUCAAAAGGGGGGACAUCCUCAAGGUUUUGAAUGAAGAAUGUGAUCAGAACUGGUACAAGGCAGAACUCAAUGGGAAAGACGGCUUCAUUCCCAAGAAUUACAUAGAAAUGAAACCACAUCCGUGGUUUUUUGGCAAAAUCCCCAGAGCCAAGGCAGAAGAAAUGCUUAGCAAACAGCGGCAUGAUGGGGCCUUUCUUAUCCGAGAGAGUGAGAGUGCUCCUGGGGAUUUCUCCCUCUCUGUCAAGUUUGGAAAUGAUGUGCAGCACUUCAAGGUGCUCCGAGAUGGAGCCGGAAAGUAUUUCCUUUGGGUGGUGAAGUUCAAUUCUUUGAAUGAGCUGGUAGAUUAUCACAGAUCUACAUCUGUCUCCAGAAACCAGCAGAUAUUCCUCCGGGACAUAGAACAGGUGCCACAGCAGCCGACGUACGUCCAAGCGCUCUUUGACUUUGAUCCCCAGGAGGAUGGAGAGCUGGGAUUCCGUCGAGGAGACUUUAUCCACGUCAUGGAUAACUCAGAUCCCAACUGGUGGAAAGGGGCUUGCCACGGGCAGACCGGCAUGUUUCCCCGCAACUAUGUCACCCCCGUGAACCGGAACGUCUAAGAAUCAAGAAGAGAUUAUUUAAACAAAGUGAAAAAUUUAAAACAUGUACAAAAGAAUUAAACCCACGAGCUGCCCCUAACAGCAGUCUGUGAGGGAGCUCAGAACACCUGGCUGGGUCACCUGUGACCCUCUCACAUUGGUUGGAACUUUGGGGGGUGGGCGGGGGAGUCGGAUAUAACAAUGCCAAAACUCACCUAUAAAUUAAGAAGAGAGUUUUUAUGACAAAUUUUCACUGCUGCUCCUAUUUCUCCUCCUUUGUCCUUUUUUUCAUCCUUUUUCUCUUCUGUUCAUCAGUGCAUGACGUUUAAUGCCACAUAUAGUCCUAGCUGAUGCCAAUAAUAAAAGAAAAGAAACCAAGUGGGCUGGUAUUUUCUCUAUGCAAAAUGUCUGUUUUAGUCGGAAUGACUGGAAGAACAGCCGUUUCUGUAAUCUUCGUAUAUACACACAAAAAGGAGAGGGCGGGCGCGUGAAGCCCGUGCUGUUUAGCUUCUGCCAGAGGAGGGGAGGGCCAGUAGAAUCUGCCUUCCAGCCCCUGACCCCCGGUGUGUUUUGUCGAAGUGGAAGUAGAGUGGAGUGGAAGGAAGGAGUGUUGCCCCCCGGGGCUUCCUAAGAAAGACAAGCUGAGAACCUACGGCUCUUUUCCACAUUGUUUUCCCUCCAAAUGGUAUUGAGCACAUUGUUUUUUCAUAGUGCCUUUUUCCUUAUUUCAAGGGUUGCUUCUGAAUGGUGUUUUUUAUUUGUUUUGUUUUAAAAUAAGUUAAAGACAGUCCAGAGCUUUUCAGCCAAUUUGUCUCCUACUCUGUGUAAAUAUUUUUCCCCUCAGGGGGAGGGGAAAACAGGGUAGAGAAGAGGAGACAAGUAGAAGUGGAGGGUGUGGACGUUCUGCCUGAUCCAAGCCAGAAGUAAAGGUUCAGCUUUACUAUUUGUGAGCUCUCUGGAGUUUAAGGGAGCCCAAAGCCCGGGUGUGUGGAGUUACUGCCCUGGGUGCAGUGUGACCAGCUCGGGGAAGGAGGAGUGGUUAUAGCUCUUCCCGCGUCUCACUGGAUCUGGCCAAAAGGGGGCCCGAGUCCUUGGCUGACCUUGCAGUCUCAGGUGUUGUCUGCUCCCUUCUUAACCCUGGGGACCCCCAGACGCAAAUCCCUGCAGCCAGCAAGUUGCAAACAUGGGAGAGCCCAAGCUGUUCAAACUGUCGCUCCUUAUCUGUAUCAGGUUAUACCGGAUUCCUACACUGGGGUAGAAAGUGAGAGUUUUCACUUCAUUUUUCUUGCUCUGAAACCGCGGGGUGUCUCUUCAUGGCUUUCACCUUUUGUAUCCCUACCCGACCUGCCCAGGUGAGCCUCAGGGCACUGUUCAAGCAGCAGCUGCGUGGCUUUCAUGUCUCCAUUCACAGCAGGCUGUGUUUAUAGCUGCUCCCCCUACCCCCUACAAAGAAAAUGUCUCCGAGAAGCAGGGACAGUUGAGAAGGAAAGAUUGGAAAUAUAGGAAAGCCGAGUCCGUCGCAGAGCUCUCUCUGUCUGUCUCCUGUCAGCUGCUUGUCCCUCGUAGUGAGGUGCCUGUGAACUUUCUCCACCCAGUCCCCUUCCUGCAGCAAAAACGGGGCUGCCAGGAGUUGGUCACUGCCUUUGGGUUCUGAAGCAGUCAGUUGGAGUCUCCCCUGGACUCUGGUUAUGGAGACGGACUCGGCCUGGAGCACUCGGAGGCCCAGGAGGCGGCUGCUUUUCUGGACGGAGCAUUCCACUCCUCGCUCCCUCUCUGAUAGCUUCUCUUUUCCUCGCUGAUGAUAAAAGGAAUCGCUGGCAUUCUACAUGUGGACCAUUUGAUUGUUUUAUUUUGGAGUUGGUGUAUAUCAUGAAGCCUUGCUGAACUAAGUUUUGUGUGUAUAUAUUUAAAAAGAAAAUCAGUGUUUAAAUAAAAAGACCUAUGUACUUAAUCCUUUAA